CGGGGACCAGGAGCCGAGUCUGCACGCGUCAGAGGCUCCAGCUGCGCCGCCGGGGCUCCCCAGGGAGCGCCGCGGGGCGGAGCUGAGGGAAGGAGCUAGGCUCCGGCUCGGCCGGCCGGCGGUGUGGGCACAGGGCGCAGCAUGCUCGCGGCUGUCGGGAGCCUCCUGCGCUUCCGCCCGGGGCGCAUCCUCCAUUGCGCCCCGGGGACGCCUGGAGAUGCGGUGCGGUGGCGGUUCGCGGCUCUUCGGUCCCGGGGUCUCCCCCGCUACUCCAGCGACGGGGCCCCCUGCGGCUCAGGGCCCCAAGGUCCCGGGAAGGUUCACAGGGUCCCCGCCGAGCACAAGCCUUCGCAAUUCGACAAGAAAAUCCUGCUGUGGACCGGGCGUUUCAAAGCGAUGGAGGAGAUCCCGCCUCGGGUGCCGCCAGAAAUGAUAGACGCGGCAAGAAACAGAGCUCGGGUGAAAGCUUGUUACAUAAUGAUUGGAUUCACAAUUAUCGCCUGCUUUGCAGUGAUAGCAUCAGCCAAAAGGGCUGUAGAACGACAUGAAUCCUUAACGAGCUGGAACCUGGCAAAGAAAGCUAAGUGGCGUGAGGAAGCUGCGUUGGCUGCACAGGCUAAGGCUAAAUGAUAUUCUAAAGUGUUAAUUGGAAUACCAUCACUAUUAUCAGCAACAAUAAAAGAUAGGCAAAAUAGAAUGUUUAAGAAAAUAUUUGCCAUGGUUUUCUUUUAGUGACCAGAAGUACAGUCUUUUAUGUUUUGACUUUUUAGUAAAUUUUUAUUGACGUAUUGCACACAUUCAGCAAAGUGCACAAAAGUGUGUACAGCUUGAUAGAUUUUUACGUAAUGACCACACCUGUGUCACCACUGCCCACAUCAAGAGGUAGACCUUCAACAGCACCUCGGAAGCCUCCUUUCUGCCCUCUAUCAGUCAUUACCCUUCAGACGUAACCAUUGUUCAGAGUUUUAUAGACUAGUUUUGCUUGUUUUUGAACUUUAUAUAAAUGGAAUUACACAGUA